AUGACUGAUGGAGUCACUGAAGAACUCGCUGCUGACAGCCCGUGCGAGCGUGCAGACAGCGAUGCUCUCGAGGAAGAGUUGGAGAAGGAGUUGCAGGACUUGGAAGCAGAAGUUCAGGUGCUGCAGCAUCGCCUAGAGAAGCUCCAGCCUGCGCCUUCCUUUGAAGCGCUGCCGCUGGAGCAGCUUUGCUUACACCUUCCCGCAAAGGAGUUCGCGACGCUUUCCUCCGCAGGUCAGGAGCUUCAGCGGAUGCUGCAGCAGCUUCUCCCUCAGCUUCUAAAGGGCUUGGCCAUGCAGGCAAAGGCCGGCCGUUCCGGCCGCCAGCUGCCGCUGGGUUUGACACCUCUGGUGCUGUGGCAGUCUCUGCGAGAACCGGUGCUUUCCGUCGACACUGCCUGUCCUGCCCUUGGCCGGGGGCUGCUGGUGCUUAACUUGUACCCGCUCCGCCUCCGAAGCGUAAAUGUGCCGCGCUCGCGGAGCCACAGCAACAUCCACCAAAUCCUGCAGCCCCAUGAGCUGACAUGGAAGAUGCGUGGUCAGCUGACUCCACGCGUGCUCCGUGGCAAGCUGUCCUGCAGCAUUGCACCCGUCAGAGGAGCGGCCGAGUCUGAAAUGUCCAUUGUGCUCUUGGACUCCGCCGUGCCGAAGCAGCCCCUGAUAACGCUGAGCUGGGACUUGCAUCCUGGCAGCUGCGGCUGCUACUACAACAUUCGAGCCUCCAUCCGUGAGGUUGUGUCCUCUAGGUCGUCGUGGGCAUACCGUCAACACACUUGGAUCCUGGGAGAUGGCACCUUGCGUGCCCGGUCGGACAGCGAGCAAGAAUACGUCCUAACGUUUCAUUUGGAGAUUGACUGGGGGAUGGCACGCUGCUGGAUUUUGGUACAAGGUCGCUAUAAGGAGCUGUGCCUGGAAUCGGUCUGCAGUGGAGCAUCGCCAACGGCGGACGAGCUGCGUCUGCAGCUGUCGCCUGGAACGACUGCGAGCUUGUCGGAGCUCCUCCUGGCUUAG